AUGUUGGUACAGCAAGAUCAGUUGGAACCUACCCUAGCGGCAAGAGCCAGUGUAAAGCGAUCCUGUCCCGAUAUUGACACCGGCGACGACGCGUCUGUGGAUCGUAUGGAUACGAGUUCUGACCAGGCGUAUCGUAACGCAGGCGGAAGGGAGGUAGAUGUUGGCCAGGAAGAACUCGGAGAGCAACCGGCCAAACGUCGUCGAGCUGACGGCUCUACGCCAUGCAAUACAAUGGCCCUGACUUUCAGUGCCCACGAACGGAGCAAAACACAGAAAGCUGCUACUAAGGACAGAAUCUCUGCAAUGUCUGUUGAUGUUCUCUUCGAGCCUGUCCCGUACAAACCAGAGUCUGCGAAAUGCUCUAGUGUCUCGCUCGAGCAUCACUGUCUGGAAAAGCGCGAGGCAGAACGUCGAACCAUCGGCCCUCGAAGUCACCUGGAUAACAGCAACCUGACGCGACCGACUAUGAGCGUACACACCCAUACGUCGACGACAUCGCUUUUUGAAUCAAUACCAUCUAUGGAAGUGAUCGGCGCUUUGACCGUACGUGUUAAGUACUGGCGUCCAGACGUGGAUGGCACCGCCCAGCUCGUCUCGCGGUAUGCAGAGGCCGUUGUAGUAGGAAAGAGGGGCUCUGAGCGAGUACUGCAGCAAUUCCUGAGUGAAAGACGGAAGUCCGUGGGACUGACUGUGCUUGGCGAGGAAUGGUAUACCGCGUACCAGGCAAAUCGGGAAUCAGUGAUGAAGAAGAGAUACGAGGCGCAAGUUUUUAUUUUUAUUUUUACCGUUGACGAGGUUUUGCAAAAGCUUACGCAGCUACAGCAUCAAGAACCUCAUGACCGAAGAAGGCUUUUCUUCUAUAGACAUGGACACCCCAGAAUUCCAUGA